UUGUGAUUGUCCCGGUUAUUUUUUUUUUCAUUCAAAAUAGUUUUUCUUCCUUUCGUUUAUAAAUUGCUGUUUUAAUACAAUAAGAUCUACUAUUUUAAUUUUAAUUUUAAUAUGGAAGAACGCGGAGACGUAAUAGACAAAACAAAACAAAAAAUGAAUGACUGCCGUUUGUGUUUCAGUUCCACCAACGUCACAGUUUACAUAGGGCAGAAUGUUGACAAAAAUACAACAAUUAUUGAAAAAAUUCACUACUGUACUUCACUAGUCGUGAAAGUGGGUGAUAAUUUUCCUCAGAAUAUUUGUACAACUUGUGCUGAAACUCUAGAUUUAAUCUACAACUUUAAAAGUAAAGCAAUAGCAUGUGAUCUAGAAUUAUCAAAAAAUGUUCACAAAGACGUACACUUUACUUAUAUUCAACUAUCAGAUGAUCCUUUAAAUAUUACGUACAAGUUAGACUUGGAGGAACAAGAUUCUUCAAAUGAUUUAAUCGACAGUUGCUUGUACAACAUAGUUGAUGGCGAUGAACUAAAAAUAGAACCAGUCAAUGUUACUACUGUGUACAUAGAUGAGAAUGCAAGUACAGAUAAAGAAAUCGUGAAUAAUGACAGUAAAAAAUCAGAUGUUAUUACAAACAAUUUGAAUGGGAGUUUGAACAGCUAUCAAGGUUCAACAACUAAUAAUCAGAAAAAAAGUACAAUAGUUGAUCUCAAACGAAAUCCUGAUAAAUCUUUCUUUGACAAAGAAAAACGUAAAUCAAAAAAAAUAAAAACUGAAAAUGAUGUGGACAAUGAAAAACGAUUAGUUGUUGUUAAAAAUGGUAAAGUUGUAUAUAUUUGCGGUGAUUGUGGUUUUGAAGCAGAAUCAAUGGUGUUCCUACUUAAUCAUCAAGCUCGCGUUCAUUUAGAUAUGGGUAGUUUCAAGUGUACAGAGUGUCCAACUUAUUAUAAAACUUCCGGACAGCUGAAGCGACACAUUUCAAUGCAUCAUAGUGUUACUCAUAUUUGUAAAUAUUGUGAAAAAAGAUUUUCAAACAAACAAAGUCUUGAACGUCAUACCAAUUGCCAUCAUAAUGAAACUCCACUAGAGUUUCAAUGUGUGAAAUGCAAUGCUUAUUUUGAUACCAUGGACAAAAUGGAAGACCAUUUAGUAGUACACUAUACAAGUCCUUCAAGUACAUUUAGCUGUAAUCAUUGUGAUCGUACCUUCACUACAUAUGCGGCAAAAAAUAAACAUAUUGAUCUUGAGCACAUGAUUGAAAUUGAGUGUGGAAUUUGCCAUGUUGUUUUACCGACUAAAGAAGCUAUGGAUAAACACAAUAAUUCUGUACACCAACCUAAGAAAAAGGAAAAUAAAAUGUAUGAGUGCACUACAUGUGGAAAAUAUUUUUCUGGUAUUAAAGAAGUUUUAAAUCAUAGAGAAACACAUUUAUCCUAAAAGGUUUAUUUUUAAUAAUUUAUCAAGCUGACUAUUUUUAUUAUUAUAAUUUUGAUUUUUGUUGUAUGACAUGACUGAAUUUAUCAUUGUUUUUAUACUUAUUUAUUUGUGUAAAAUAAUACAUAAUGAAAUAAAAAUUAUUAAAUAUUAGAGUCAGUUAGUAAUUGUCUAACAGCAGAUAAAAAUAUUAAUAUUUGUUACAAAAUUGGCAUUCUAUUAGAUAUCUUUGUUUUUUAAUAAUAAUUUUACUGUU